GAGGCCAAGCCUUUUUGGAGAUCUCCCAACGCAAAAGAAGCGAUUCAUCUGUCCCAGUUUUUUUGUUACUUGAACAAAGGAUCUACUAGGGAUGCCGUACAGAAGAGUAUACAUUGGAAAACUGCCAAACGACGUUACGCAGAGGGAGGUUGAGAAACUCGUAACCGAGUUUGGCAGGGUCGCUGAGUAUCGUAUCCUCAGUGGAUAUGCUUUCGUUGAGUUUGAGAACGAGCAAGACGCCCGAGACUGCGUCAAAGUUCUCGAUGGUGAGAAAUUCCACCAUGCAAGAUUGAUUGUUGAACCUGCGCAUACUCAAGCGGACCGCAGAAGGCGCGACCAAUAUGUCCCAACUACAACCCGACGUGGCGGACGUAGUUCCCACCGGAUCAUCGUUCAGAACUUGCCCAACCGCACGUCCUGGCAGGAUUUGAAAGAUCUUAUGCGGAAAGCCGGAGAAGUUAUUUAUACCGACGUCUCACGUGAAGGCGAAGGUAUCGUGGAGUUUUCCAAUCUAUCGGAUAUGGAGGAGGCUAUGCGCAUGUUCCAAGACUAUGACUACGAAGGCCAGACUCUAAGUGUGAAGGAGGAGCGAUCCGGAAGCCCCCAGCGUCGGUCGGACAGAUCAUCGCGACGCCGAUCUGUGUCUCCUCGUCGCCGUUCCCCAUCACCGCGGCGUCGCUCGAGAUCACCUCGCCGUUAAAUAGUAAAUUGAGAGUUGGACAGUUGAGCUCAGUUAGGGUGUGGAAACAGUGCUUCUUCCCAAUAACGUAGUGUCGUCGAUAGGUCAGUUAAUAGCUCCAUAGGAACGCCCGCAGCAGUCUUAUGGCACUGAUUCGGGAAAUGACAUUUUGUAAUUGAGCCGUCGUCCAUCCGGAUUAUAAUUGAUGUUUAAGCAUCAUUCAUCUAACGGCCUCUUUCGGGGAUUGUUUGGAGUAGGGUUGGUUGUUGGAGGGUCGCGAAUUCCGUCUCCCUACCCGGACUGUCCUUUGAGAAUAUCGAACGGAAAACGCCUGCGUCUCUCACUUACCGUGACUGCGUACUGAAUGGUACGCUGCUGGAGGUUAGGAGAUUUGACUAUCAUUGCAUGCCUGGGAAA